AUGAUCACUAAUCCCAUCUUUUGGUUCUUAUGCUUUGUUACAGGUCAUUCCAGUUCUUCACACGAAUGGAGGAUAGUGCUACUGGGGGUCACCAGAGUAGGAAAAAGUGCAGCAGGAUGUACCAUUUUAGGACAGGAGGUCUUUAAGGAGUCUGUGACUACACAGAGUGAGAUAAAGAAAGGAACAGUGCAGGACAGACAUAUAUCAGUGGUUGAUACCCCAGGGUUCUUUGGAACAGCACUGACCGAUGAACAGAUGAAAAGAGAGAUGGAGAAAAGCAUGGUGCUGACUGCUCCUGGACCCCACGUGUUCCUGCUGGUGGUCAGACUGGGGAGGAUCAGCAACCAGGAGAAGAACAUAGUGAAAUGGAUCCAGGAGAACUUUGGCUUGGAAGCUUUAAAACACAUUAUGGUGUUAUUCACAGGCAGAGAAAAAAUGACAAAAAGCACACUGGCGGACUUUUUAGAGACUGAAGAAACUCAAGAACUAAUUGGUUGCUGUGGAGGAGGAUGGCACGCCAUAAACAGCAAAGGAGACAUCAAUCAUUCUCAAAUCACAAAACUACUAGAGAAGAUAGAAGAGAUGGUGGAGAUGAAUGGAGGACAACAUUACAGUAUGUAUCAGGAGACUCAGAGAAAGAUCAGAGAGGAGGAAAUAUCUGACGUGAGGAUUGUGUUGUUUGGGAACUCUAUAUCAGGGAAGAGUGCAGCAGGGAACAUUAUCCUGGGCAGAGAGGCAUUUGAUGAAGAUUUAGUGCUUGACCAGUGCAAGAGACAAGAUGGCAGAGUGUUUGGGAAAACAAUCACUGUGAUUGACACGCCAGAUAUACUCUCAUACUUAUUUUCCGCUCAGAGUACUUAUAUAGAGAGGAGCAUCUCCAUGGCUUCUCCUGGACCCCAUGUCUUUCUGCUGGUGAUCAGCUACACACAGAUGAAGUUUGUGACACGACGCUUUAUCCGUUAUCUAAUGAAUAAAUUUGGAGAAGAAAUCUUAAAGUUCAUCACAGUGAUUUUGACGCACGCAGGGCUGUCGACUGCGGGAUUGGUGGAGAUGUCUCUGAGGUCUGACCAUACCCUUCAGAGGUUCGUGUCCAGCUGUGGAGGCGGUUAUCACAUCUUCAACACUGAAGAGCGAGAGGAACGCACUCAAGUCGCAGAGCUGCUGAGAAAAAUCGAAGCCGUGCUGGAGAAAAACGGAGGGCAGCACUACAGCGAUGAGAUGUACAAGGAGACUCAGAGAACAAUCAAAGAGAGGAUGGAACGAAAGAAAGAGGUCAGAGAAGAGGUUCUGUUAUAA